UGUUUUUCGGGUGCGCUACGUUUAUGACAACUUAUCAACAACAACGAGCGAACGCUAUCAGCUCGGAGACAACGACAGUUCCUUUAAAGCACGUUUAAGUCCGAAUUAUUUGGAGCCGUUCAUUUAGCAACAAGAUUCAGAAUGAUACACAUCAAAUGUAAAGACACCAAUCUUGACCCGUUACCAGUCAAGAUUGGCAUCAUUGGCGGCUCUGGUCUGGAUGAUCCAGACAUUUUGGAGAAUCGUAAUGAGAGAAUUGUUGAAACUCCAUAUGGCACACCGUCGGAUGCACUGAUUGAGGGUGAAAUCAAAGGGGUGCAGUGUGUGCUCCUCGCUCGCCAUGGCCGCAAACACGACAUAAUGCCAUCGAAUGUGAAUUAUAGAGCCAACAUCUGGGCUCUACGUGAUGUGGGCUGCACCCAUUUGAUUGUGUCCACAGCCUGCGGCUCGCUGCGCGAGUCCAUCAAGCCAGGAAACUUGGUGGUGCCGCAUGACUUCAUCGAUCGCACCACAAAACGCAUACAAACCUUCUACGAUGGCUCACAUGCCGGCCACAAAGGUGUCUGUCAUCUGCCCAUGUUUCCCGCGUUUUGUGAGCGCACACGCAAAACCCUGCUCGAUGCUGCUAAAGAGCUAAACUACGAUGCACAUGACAAGGCCACCAUUGUCACAAUUGAGGGUCCACGGUUCUCCUCCCGAUCCGAGAGCAACAUGUUUCGUAUGUGGGGAGGUGACUUGAUCAACAUGACAACCUGCCCCGAAAUUGUGCUGGCCAAGGAAGCCGGCUUGCUAUACGGAUCGGUGGCAAUUGCUACGGAUUACGAUUGCUGGCGCAUGGGCUGCGAGGGUGUCAAUGUGCAGGAUGUGUUGAAAACCUUCUCCGAGAAUGUUAUCAAGGUCAAGGCCAUUUUAGUGAAUGCCGUCGGGCGCAUUGCCAAAGAAGAUUGGUCCGAUGAUAUACUGAAUGCUAAGCAAUGUGUUUGCAACAACACCAUGUCCGGUGCCAUGUGACGCUUUUUAAAACUAUGCACGGAGAUCACACGAGAUACAAUUAAGCGCCACAAGCUGCACAAGAAAUCGAAGACCAAAUCCAAACAUAAUCGAAGACGCAC